AUGUCUCGCCCAUACCAUUAUUAUGAGCCGCAAGAUUUGCCGCCGUCGCCUUAUCCCUCGUCGGGGGGUGGCCACGAGGCAGAUGGAACGGAUUCAAAUGUGAACUACCUCAACCAUAACUCAUCCUUCAACGUAUCGAACCAUCUUCACUUUGAUCUGCUAAGAGGCGAACAGAAAGCGCCUUCUCGUCCUCAAGAGUACCUAGGACAUCUCCCAGAGAUGGCGCAGAGAGAAACCGGCCGCCUGCCACAGGCGCCAAAAUACAUCAACGACUUCAGCAAAGCCCUCGCGUCCGAAGUUCGAAUAUUACUUCAGGAGGUUGGAAAGCUCCGCGAUGAGCGCCGGGCACUCCAAUUCGAGAUCGCACAGUUGAUGGCGAUGAAGAGCCAACAUGGUCCUGGUGGCGAGUUCGCCCCUCACUGGAAACCUGAACAGCCAGAAGCACUUUUCCCGCCACCCCCAGAACCCGCACCGGCGCCUCCAGAACCAGUUGAGCCGCCAGCACCCGCGAAAUCAGGUUGGCGAACUGUCGAACAGCCUCGGAAGCGAGAACGGAAACCGCGAAAGAACAUCGGUGGUCUGCCCGAGCCUGUCUCAGCACCAGUACCCCCACCUUUUGUUGAGGUAAAACCAUCUUGGGCAAGCUGGAAACCUAAUCCUCAACUCCUCGCACCUACCAGAGUGCCAGCCGCACCUGUUCCCAUACCUGCACCCAUGAAACCAGGACUCUUCGGACCUGGUACCCCAUGA